AUGAAGUUCUCCACGAUCCUCGCUUUUGUCGGUGCGGCCGGCGCCGUCGCUGCCAGCCCUAUCGCUGCUCCGAGCGGCGAGAGUGCUGGCCUCGAGAAGCGCCAGUCGAUCAACUAUGUCCAAAACUACAACGGCAACCUUGCCAACUUCAAGUACAACGAAGGUGCUGGCACCUACUCUGGUAAUUGGAACAACCCUUCCGACUUUGUCAUCGGUCUCGGCUGGAGCACUGGCACCUCGAACCGCGUCAUCAACUUCAACGGCAACUAUCAGUCCAACCAGGGCUCGUACUACGCCGUCUAUGGCUGGCUCAACAACCCCCUGACCGAGUACUACGUCGUUGAAAACUACAGCUACGACCCGUGCUCAGUGAGCAACACGCAGGUCGUCGGUAGCGUCUACUCGGACGGCGCGAGCUACAAGAUCUGCAAGCACACCCAGGUCAACCAGCCCUCGAUCCAGGGAACGAAGACCUUCGGCCAGUACUUCUCGGUCCGCUCCAGCAAGCGCAGCUCGGGCAGUGUCACCCUUGCCAACCACUUCAACGCCUGGAAGAAAUACGGCUUUGCCAACGGUGCCACAAACCCCGACUUCAACUACCAGGUCUUCGCCACCGAGGCUUUCUCUGGCCAGGGCUCGGUCAGCACCACGAUCAGCGGCUGA